AUGCAGUCCGACACACUCUCCCACAAGACGCCUGCAGAGAAGAUGGGCGACGCCGACGUGAAACACGAUCCCGAGGCCGACGUCAAGGUCCAGCCAGUCUGCGCACCGGCCGUGUCCACCGAGGGUCUCCACCGCAAGCUCAAUGCCCGCCACCUCACGUUCAUCAGCAUUGGCUCCGUGAUCGGCACAGGCAUCUUCCUCGGAAUUGGCAGCACACUCUCCACGGCGGGGCCUGUCGGCCUCGUCCUGGCGUACACGAUCAUGUGCUCCGUGGUCAUCUGCGUCAUGGGUUGCGCAGGCGAGAUGGUCACGUACCUGCCUGUCGUCGGCGCGCACAUUCGCCUGUCCGGGCGGUUUGUCGACCCGGCCCUGUCGGCUGCCAUGUCGUGGAACUACUGGUACUGCUGGGGUCUCAUUGUGGCGGCAGAAGUUUCGGCGGUGGCCGUCCUGAUCACGUACUGGACUGAGAAGGUACCGGCCGCCGUGUGGAUUUCAAUUUCGCUCGUUAUCAUCCUCGCUGCCAACCUCUGCGGCCCGCGCGUCUACGCCGAGAUUGAGUUUUACAUGUCGACCAUCAAGGUCAUCACCAUCACUGGCCUCAUCAUCCUCUCCAUCGUCUUGGACGCUGGCGGCGGGCCCAACCACAAGCCCAUCGGAUUCCAGUACUGGCGCAACCCGGGCCCAUUCACGCAGUACCAGGGUGUGCCUGGGUCUACCGGCCGCUUCCUCGGCUUCUUCUCGGGCCUCACGGGUGCGGCCUUCUCGUCCAUCGGCACCGAGAUGCUCUGCUUGGCCGCCGCCGAGACCAAGAACCCUGCCAAGGUCAUUCCCAUCGCACUCAAGGCGACGUGGAUCCGCAUCGUGCUCUUCUACUUCUGUGGCGCGUUCGUCGUCAGCCUCAUCGUGCCCUGGAACGACAGCCGUCUCGGUUCGGCAUCCACGGCUGCCGCCAGCCCGUAUGUCAUUGCCAUCACCGACGCGGGGAUCAAGGGCCUGCCGAGCGUCAUCAACGCCGCGAUCCUCACGUCGGCCAUGUCGGCCGGCGUCGGCGACUGCUUCACCGCCGUGCGCACCCUGCACUCUAUGGCCGGCAGCGGCCUCGCGCCCAAGAUCUUUGGCCGCACGACCUCGUGGGGGUCGCCGUACGUCGCCGUCAUCGCGACGUGGCUGCUCGGUUUGCUCGCGUUCCUGAGUGUGUCCUCGGGCGCGGCGGUCGUGUUCAACUUCUUUGUCAACCUCACGGCGCUGGCCGGCAUCAUCACGUGGCUGUGCAUCGGCAUCUCGUUCAUUCGCUUUCGCGCAGGCCUCAAGGCCCAAGGAAUUGCCGUCAGCAGCCUGCCAUACAGGAACUGGCUGGGCGUGUACGGCGCGUGGUGGAUCGUCAUUGUGGUUUCCUCGAUCACCUUGUUCAGCGGCUGGCCAGUGUUCAAGAAGGGUAACUGGGACACGGCGACGUUCUUUGGCAACUACCUCCCGAUAGGGCUAUUCGUCAUCAUCCUCGUGGGAUUCAAGGUGUGCUACAAGACCAAGUUUGUCCGGGCGAGCGAGAUGGACGUGACCACUGGCGUCGAGGACUUUGUCCAGCAGUCGGAGGAGGCUGAGGAGGAGGACAAGGCCGACAGGCCGUGGUAUUCGCGAAUCAUUGCUUAA